GUAGAGAUAAUCUGAAUAAUUUUAAAGUGAAUUGAAUAAACGAUACAAGGAUCGUUUAAUCGAUCUCUGGGAAUGAAGAAUAGGGUAUAUCCGUGGGUGCAUCUAUCUAUCGAUUGGUAAAGAUCUCUGUUUUCCCUUCCCUCCUCGGUCUGCUAGGCGGAAGUACGCGCGGUGUUGACAAGAUGGCGGGUGGUCCGAUCUCUGUCUCGGUAUUAGACUUGGUAAAAAACGGGAAUGAAAAAUGCCGCGGAAAGUGAGAGAAAGAGCGACGCGUGCGGCUGGCAGAUAAAUAAAUAAGGGAAAAUCUUUUGUCCCUAGAAUUCUAGCGCGUCUCGAUUUUACGUCAUAUAAAUGAACCGCACAUUACACGUAGGGAAGGCACCAGAGACCGGGGUAAUAGUUACGUUGUGAUUUUCGGCUGCUGCGAGGCCAGCAGCACCAGCAGUAGCAGCAGCACCCGCGAACGCCGCGACAACGACGCUAUGGCGUCCAUCGGUGUGUCAUUAUUAUUUUUUUUUUUUCACUUUUAAUUAGUGCUACCAAUUAACAUUUUUGCUCUGUCUAUGAUGUUCUGAAGUCGUCGGCGGUAUUUCACGCCCGCAGUUCGCCCACCAAUAGACAAUAUUCGGUCAUCCCGCAGUGGAUAAUCGCGGUUAACGGACCCAAGUCGGUACUUUUUCACCGUCCUCACACGUCCGGUCCUCUUCUUUCCUCAUCUGACAGCUGAACGCCUCAAGCCUGAUAUUUCCUCAUCUCGGACAGCGCGACACCGUCCCUCUGUCUUUUUCCCCAAAUUUCAGCCUACCCCUUUACCCUUUCCAUCUGCAAAAUGAUUUAAAGGGGCGAAAGUGAUUUUUAAACACGAGUCAUGGAUGAGGAUCCCGCUACCAACAUGUCAAACUCUGACAUGGACAGCUUUCUGACGAGGAUUGGGGAUGUCACCAUAGAGCGUGUUAAUCCAGAACGGAGCUCCAAGGAGUCAGCUGAGCAGUCGGACCCGUCGGGUCUACCACCUGGCUCCAAUUCUCCCGCCAAUGUAACCGGCAAUGAUGAAAGCUCAGAGGAUUCUGAAGCCGAAUCGUUUGACAGGGAACGAGAGAAGGGACAAGACCGUUUCCCUGAUGAGGAAAUUGAGAGGAUUCACUCGGAGGGAUCUGGCGAUGACAUGGAUCUUGACGAAACUAUUGACAGUCAGAUUGGCGUCAGACUUGACCAUGAAAAGCAGCAAACUUUGUUGGAAGAUGAAGAAGAUAUUGAAGGGGUCAACAUUUUGGAUAGCUUGCCGUUGGAAGGCGCACCCAUCGAGGGACAAGAAGUGACAGAGGCAGAUCUGCUUGGAAAAUCUGUGUCCAAGGAGAUGGACGAAGCAGAAUGUGAUGAAGAUGAAAUUGAAAAGAUGGAUGACAAUGUUGAUGACGAAGAUGCCGAAGGGGAGGGGAACAAAAGACUGUGCGAUCCAGAGAACCCUGACUCGAGUAAGAAGAAGCAAAAGAAGGGUGACCAGAGUGACAGUUCAGGCCCAGAGUGCGAGACAAAAGUUGAGAAGAAAAUAUCAAAUAUGAGACGAAACAUUCGAGAAGUAAUGGAUGAGAAUCAAUUGGACGAAGCUACUCUAGCUGCACAGCGACAAGAAAUGGAGCGUCUUCGACGAGUACAAGAACAACAGAGAAUCAUUCGUGAAGUGCAGAGACAGAUUGCUAUCAACAGACAAAACAGUAAAACUCAAACUCGUGUGAUUAGUCUUCUUCAAGGGAAACAGAGCCAAAGUGGAACCACGAUAUCGCCAUCGUCAUCAUCCCAAGUACGAUUGCCUAACACCGUUCUACUGAAAUUAAAUUCUGGUUCUGGGUCGGGGUCUGGGUCUGGGUCAGCGUCAGGACCUGGAACAGGACAAGGUACUCAUAGCAGCUCUGCGGCUCAAGCUGCUCAGCAACAGCAAAGAAAAGCACUGGAAGCAGCUCGCUGGCAGAAAGGAAGAAGCACUCUGCCUGGAGUUCAGACAUCUAUAUCUAGAGUUCCGAAUCGUUCUGGAAAUACCAAUCUUCUUCAACAAAGAAUUCGGAUGAUGACACCAUCUGUGAGCAUCUCACCAGUUGUCCCUAAGAAGGAACCAGUCGAUAAUAGAUCAGAGUACUACUCGGAGUCUGAAGUCUCUGACAUAGAGGCUGACGAAGCGCUGCGCGAGAAGCAGAUGCACACAUUGAGGAAGGUGUCUGGGAUGCCCAGGGUGCAAAAACCGGCAAAGGGUAAAGAUGUUGUGACGAUAUCAAGCUCGAGCGAGAGUUCGGAUGACGACUGCAUUGUGUUGAGUGAUCCAAGUGGUGGAGAGGAAACAGAUAAUGAAGAUGACCCAUCCAAUUCGGGUAUGCAUACCAAUGACCGCUACAACGUCCCUGACGAGCACGGUCGAGUCCUGGUCAACGUCGGUCACCCAGAAACAGAGCCGGAUGUUUUUCUGGCCCCGCAAGUAGCACGUAUUAUAAAACCCCACCAGAUAGGUGGGAUUCGUUUUCUCUAUGACAACAUUGUCGAGAGCAUUGAGAGGUACAAGACUAGUUCCGGGUUCGGUUGCAUCCUUGCGCACAGUAUGGGUCUGGGAAAAACGUUGCAGGUCGCAAGUUUUUGCGACGUAUUCUUCAGAUGCACGACAGCCAAAACUGUUCUGUGCAUCAUGCCAAUUAAUACCUUGCAGAAUUGGCUAGCCGAAUUCAACAUGUGGCUUCCAUACGAAGCAAAUGUUCCACCACAUAAUCAGACCAUCCCUAAAUCCGAGUCACAACCAGACGUCAAGCAGGAAAUAAAAGAGGAAAAUGGAGCGCACAGCGACGCGUCGCGACUUCCGAUGCAGUCAAAUCCUGAAUUUGCACCAAGAAUGCCCCAAGACAGUACCUGCAACCAGCCUAUUAUCGAUAGUACAACUCCUCAUCAAGGCUACGAUCCAUUAAGCUCGCUACAAUGUAGAGUCCAAGAGAACAUCCACAAGGACCCUACUGGUGACCAAAACUUUCAUUACCGCAACGAAAUGCCCAUGAAUAUGAUGUACGGAAACCAUCCUACUGCGGUACCUACCUUUGAUCGUGAUCCGGCCAAAUCUGAGCUGGAUUAUUCCGGCUUGUCGAAGCCUGCAGCUUCUCCAGGGCCGAUGUACCCAGGCAGCUACUCCUGUAACAUGAUGGGAGUAGAUCGGGAAAUAAAGCAGGAAUUUGCCCCAACCACAGAGUCAGUGAUUAAGACUGAUGGCAGUGGAACAACGGAGGGCACUGAUGGAGUGAAGAAGGAGGAAAAUGGUGGGACACUUGGUGCGGCUAAGGAAGUGCCUGCUGCAGGGGCGACGGAAAAGAAGGAAGUGGAAACAGUUAAAACGCCAUACAGUGUGGAUUCACCUAUUGGUCAGGAGCUGCGUCCACGCCAUUUUCAGCUUCACAUUUUGAAUGACUCUCAUAAAAGCAUGGCCGCUAGAGCGCGUGUUAUUCAAGACUGGCAAAAGAAAGGAGGUGUCCUUCUAAUUGGAUACGAAUUGUACCGGCAGCUGUCCCUCAAGAAGCCUAACAAAGCCAAGCGAAAACGCGGACAGGCAUUCAAGGACAUGGUGGAUGUUGAGGAAGAUGACAAGAACAAAGGACUUCUUGACGAUAUGCACUCAGCUUUAGUCAGUCCUGGGCCCGAUCUCGUCAUAUGCGACGAGGGCCACCGUAUAAAAAAUUCUCACGCCAGUAUCAGCCUUGCUCUAAAGCAGAUGCGAACCAAACGUAGGAUCGUGCUCACCGGGUAUCCCUUGCAAAAUAAUUUACUUGAGUAUUGGUGUAUGGUGGAUUUUGUAAGACCAAACUACCUUGGCACAAAAAGUGAGUUCUGCAAUAUGUUUGAGCGUCCUAUCCAGAAUGGCCAAUGCAUUGAUUCUACCCCACAAGAUAUACGGCUUAUGCGUUAUAGGGCACAUGUCUUACAUGCUUUAUUGGAGGGAUUUGUCCAGCGUAGAUCUCACUCAGUGUUGCAGAUAUCACUCCCGCGAAAGGAAGAAUACAUCCUUCUUGUUAGAAUGACACCCCACCAGCGAAAGCUUUACGAUACCUUUAUGACACAAGUUGUGAAGACGAGAGCAGUUCCCAAUCCCCUCAAGGCGUUUGCUGUGUGCUGUAAAAUAUGGAAUCACCCUGACGUGUUGUACCACUUUCUUAAGAAACGUCAGGCCAAUGAAGAAGAUGAUUUGGACCUCGAAGAAACCAUGGGGGAGAAGCCUGCUCCAGGUACCAAACGCACUAAGGCACGCCAGGCUAAAGGAGAAUCUAAAAAGGGUAAAAAAGCGAACGCAACUAUUAAAAACAAACCUGCUGCAAGUGUCCAGCCAAACUCUUCAUCUUCAUCCAGUAAUGACAUAGCAGAGGGUGAAAAUCGACACCAAAAUCCGAAUCAGACAGGGAAUUAUCAGAACUACCCGAUGCAGCAGCCGCAAAACACAGCUUACUCCAACCCUGCUGUUCCUAAUACAUACCCUCAGGGAUACGCUAGGAAUUCAGAUUAUGAUUGCCGACAGGGACAAAACUAUCGACAACAGAAUGAUCAGAGCAAUUAUUGUCGGGGUACAAAUAAUGCACAGCAAGGAGAAUAUGGAGAAUUUUAUUCAAAUCAGGGACAACAACGUUACACCAACCCGUCUUUUCAGACCUUUCCUCAAGGCUCUGGAUAUAAUAAUCCUCAGGGGUACCAAAACCAGGCCCAAAACUAUCUUUCUGGGAAUGAUCAACUUGCUGGAAGUCAAACGCAAAACUACAACCCACCAAGCUCUCACAAUAUCGAGUAUCGCACAGAUGCCACUUCAGGGAACACUUAUAAUGCAUCAUCUCUUUACCCGACACAGUGUUACCCGUACCAGGAUCAGACUCGAAAUUACACGGCCACUCCUAACUUGGGAUCAAAUUAUCCACAAAGCUAUCAGACCCAGUCGUCUAAUCAGUCUUCUGGUUUGUCAAAUAUGUCCGAGUACCCGACAUACCCAACGACGAAUCCUGUUCAGGGCUACACCCCUUCAUCAAAUCAAGUCAACCAACAAAUUUAUCCACGAAGUGACACCUCGGGAAAUCAAAAUUUUCCAACGCCGACGCAAAGCCAAGGACAAAACUAUACAGCCAACCAACAGAGCCAAAAUGCGUCAAAUCAGACGGGCCAGAUAUUUUCACGAACAGAUAAUCAGUCUCAAAAUUUCGUACGUCCACAGAAUCAGACUCAAUCGCAUGAUUAUAAUGCUGACCAGCAAAACAGGAAUUCUGCUGGGAAUCAGACCACAGCUUAUCCACCCAAUCAUGAAACUGCGCAGACACAGAACGUGCCCAACUAUUCUUCAGCGACUGGAACCCAUGCUAAUCAAAUUAGCCAAUUCAAGUCUGAGGAUCCUUACUGGCAGCAGAAUAAUUACACUCAAAAUUUUAGGCAAGAUGCUAGCGGAGACCCUUACUAUACUGGGACUGUAACAAAUAGAUACCAGAACAAUUAUUAUCCAUCGCAAGGCUUUCAGGGCCAAAGAUAUGAAUAUAACCAAACCCCAGGGAUGGAGGGAGUCGGGAAUAAUGAUGGAAAAAUGGCAAGUCGUGGGCCGAUUAGAAACUCUGGUCCAGUGCAAACUAAGGGCAAUUUUGAAGAAGGGAACAAAGAUGGAAACAACAUUACUGCCCAGAGUCAGAACUCAGCACGAAAUGUUCCCCCUGCUUCUCAAGGCUACCCUGCUAGUACAGAUCCAAAUCGAGUCGAUCCCAUUACUCCAUCUCCUCAGCCACAAAACAACGAUCGUAAUAUUGUUCAUGGGCUUGUGACACCGAACACAAACAGUAUAAGGCAGAUCGACUCGAAUAAGGAUGAAGAACGCGAGCGGGAUGAUUUGUUGGACAAGGAAAGGGAGGAAAAAUCCGAUGACGAAAUCCUAAACAAGGAUGAGGACAAAGACCCAAAGAGUUCACCCAUGGCAAAAGAAGAUCCUGGUAUUCCAUACGAUUGGGCGACAGAUCUCAUGAAAGGUUACGUCCCAGGGCUCAUUGACGCAUCUGCAAAGAUGUCCAUCUUUUUUUGCAUCCUAGAAGAGGCAGUGCGUCUUGGGGAUAGAAUUUUGGCAUUCUCUCAGUCACUUUUCACUUUGAAUUUAGUAGAAGACUUUUUGGCACGGAACAGCUUGAAGCAUCCAGAUGGGAGAACGGAAGACUGGAUGAAGAAUGUCAACUAUUACCGCUUGGAUGGAAGCACCAGUGCACUGGAAAGAGAAAAGCUUAUCAACGAGUUCAAUGCCAAUCCAAAGAUACACUUGUUUUUGGUUUCGACACGGGCCGGUUCCCUUGGGAUAAACUUGGUUGGAGCGAAUCGAGCGAUCGUCUUUGAUGCCUCGUGGAACCCUUGCCAUGAUACGCAGGCCGUGUGCCGGGUUUAUAGAUAUGGUCAACAGAAACCCUGUUUUGUAUACAGAUUAGUCACUGACAAUUGUCUCGAGCGAAAAAUUUAUGACAGGCAAAUCAGCAAACAAGGAAUGGCAGACCGCGUCGUCGAUCAGUGUAAUCCCGACGCCCAUCUGUCUCUCAAGGAGGCAGCAACAUUGUCGUGGGACUGGGAGGAGGACAGUCAAGUACAGGACUUUUCUCAGGCUAAGGAUGGAUAUGCCGAUCCCGUUAUGCAUAGUCUUCUAGAAAAGCACUCAUCCCUGCUCACCAAGCAGCCAUUCAGACACGAGAGUCUCCUUGUCGAUCGAAAGGACAAGAAGUUGAGCCAGGCCGAAAAACGGCUAGCGCGACGCGGCUACGAGCUUGAAAAGAUGGCCGCAAAUUGUUCCAGGCCAAGCUACAACUACAUUCCAGGAAAUACGGCGAGUAGAGCGGGAGGGCUUCAGAUCCGUGCCAUACGAGGAGGAGAUGCAGGCGGAACUCCAAAACCUGUGGCCUCUGUGAGGCCGAUGCAACAACGCGGUACUGAGGGACUUGGAGGGACCCGAACUGUCGGUGGAAGUAGAUGGAUUCCAGCGGAGGUUUGGCAGAGACAGGGAAUGAGCGCACAGGAAAUGACUUUACCUUUGGAUGUUGUUAUUCCGACAAAUUCACCCGACAAAGGUAGCAUUGUGCUGAAGGCUGGCCAGCGAGUUAUGGUCCUCAAAAGUCCCAAAGGCAUUUACAUGCAGCUAGAGUCGGGAAAAAUCAUUGCCAUUAGGACAGCGCUGAAACUAAAUCAGCAAAAACGGGAGGAAGAACCCAAAAAAGGUGUUUCCUCGUUGUCGCAAAGGAAGCAUAAUGCAGAGGUUGGGUUUCCAUUGAGAAACAAUUCCGCAAUAUCGAUCAUUCCAAAGUCAUCGACAUCACCUGGUCGACCACCGCUUGGAAAAUCGCCAAGCGGUACAGGCUUUAAGCCAUUCGCCGAUAAAGAGAUGGCUAGAAGGCCAAGGCCCAUUGCAACAGCAACAGCCAAGCCAUAUUCGAGUCAAGUAAGCCUCACGAACCAGGUCUCUCUCUCGCGGCUUCCUAGAGUCAAGCAAGAACCGAUAGACUCCUCGUCUCUCGGUGAUAAUUCCAACUCCUCCGACAGUCAGAUGAGAACAGAGCAAAGGGUGGAAGAAGUGAGACUGGAGGAUGUUGUCGCAGAGGCCGGUUCAAACUCAGAAUAUACUCGAACUGACUCGAAUCGCUCCUCGAACACCGAUUCCGAACCGACACCCCAGAAACCGUCCGAAGAAAAGGAGAGCAGAAACGAGUCCUUCUCCACGGAUAUUAACAACAAAGACACGCGCGUCAGUAAUGAGGUUCAAGAAGAAUGUUCCCCAUCUGGCGAACAACUCUGUCGAGCGACCGCACCCGUGACGGAGCCGCAAAAACCAUCGUUGAAAAAUUAUAGACACAACUUCCCGAGUCAUAAGGCGCCGCUGGAUGACGCGAAUACGGACGAAAUUAUACUAGAAGAACCUGAGCCCGUUCAGCCGGUUUUAGACAGACCACACAAUACUGCUGAUUCUAUUACGUCGGCACCAACGACGCCCAGACCCGAUCCGACCCCGCCAAAAGUACCGGAAGCAACGCCCCAAGUUUAUCCUUACUCCCAGUACUCCGGAUACUACGAUUAUUCCGAUCCGCGAUCACGCUCGCUGGCGUCACCGUACAGAGCAUAUCUUCCGAGCGUAUCGCCGCAGACCGGAAAUCUCCGACCGCCACCUGAACCGGCGAAAGAGACACGAAUCGAACCCGAGAAGCCCAAAGAAACUGCGAGUAUUUCUGCACCUGCGUUAACUCCCUACCAACAGCCGCCAGUCAGUACAAAUCCCAGAUCAGUGGACGAUGCUAAUAAAAUAAAUAGCAAGGUCAAGUCGCAUGUUCCCGAGGCGAAAACCAGAGAAGAGACCCACGCACCGACCGCAUUCAGUCAUCCGACAAAUGCCAGGUAUCCAGCACCGUACCCGCCAGGACCUUACGAUGCUUACUCGCAGCAUUAUCCAGCCGCCCCUGGAUCGUCCUCAGCGUACACAGCUGGUGCUCCUGGAUAUCCUCCAGCGUUUGCUGGGCCGACGUACGAUGCUGAAUACGCCCGAGUCUACUCAGCUUUCCACGGUCCACCGUCAGCAGCCGAUCCGUAUAUGCAUAGGGCCUAUCCACCUCCUCCUACGCACCCAACGAACUAUUAUCCUCCGUUUCCACAUCCACCGCCACCACCAUAUCCAAAUUAUUCAUUUUUGCCACCUUAUCCGAAUCCAAAUCUACCCAGCGAACCUCAGCCCCCUGCGCAAUAGGAUUAAUUGAUUAGUGUUUAAGUCGAAGAAAGAGAAACUGUAUGAAUACAUUUAUAGAUUGCGAAUGCCAAUGAAUAUAUCUGAAGAAAACCUU